AUGGCCGAAGCGCCCCAGGUGGUGGAGAUCGACCCGGACUUCGAGCCGCUGGCGCGGCCGCGCUCGUGCACCUGGCCGCUGCCCAGGCCGGAGUUUAGCCAGUCCAACUCGGCCACCUCCAGCCCGGCGCCGUCGGGCGGCGCGGCCGCCAAUCUCGACGCCACGGCGGGCUUACCCGCGGGCUCGGCGGCCGCUGUCAGCGCCGACUUCAUGAACAACCUGAGCCUGCUGGAGGAGAGCGAAGAUUUCCCGCCGGCGCCGGGCUCCGUGGCGGCGGCUGCUGCUCCACCGGUGCCGCCGGCCGCCGCCGGGCCGCUCGCGGGGCAGCCGCGCAAGAGCAGCUCCUCGCGGCGCAACGCGUGGGGCAACCUGUCCUACGCCGAUCUCAUCACCAAGGCCAUCGAGAGCUCGGCAGAGAAGCGGCUCACGCUGUCGCAGAUCUACGAGUGGAUGGUCAAGAGCGUGCCCUACUUCAAGGAUAAGGGCGACAGCAACAGCUCGGCGGGCUGGAAGAACUCAAUCCGCCACAAUCUGUCUCUGCACAGCAAGUUCAUCCGAGUACAGAAUGAAGGAACUGGGAAAAGCUCUUGGUGGAUGCUGAAUCCAGAGGGAGGCAAGAGUGGAAAAUCCCCCAGGAGAAGAGCCGCGUCCAUGGACAACAACAGUAAAUUUGCUAAGAGCCGGGGCCGGGCUGCCAAGAAGAAAGCAUCGCUGCAGUCUGGCCAGGAGGGUGCGGGGGACAGCCCCGGCUCUCAGUUCUCCAAGUGGCCCGCCAGCCCUGGCUCCCACAGCAAUGACGACUUCGACAACUGGAGCACAUUUCGCCCUCGAACGAGCUCAAACGCGAGUACUCUGAGUGGGAGACUCUCUCCCCUUAUGACCCAGCAGGAUGACCUUGGAGAUGGGGACUUGCAUUCCAUGGUGUACCCCCCAUCUGCUGGGAAGAUGGCCUCAACUCUCCCCAGCCUUUCUGAGAUCAGCAAUCCUGAAAACAUGGAAAACCUCUUGGAUAAUCUCAACCUCCUCUCCUCACCGACAUCAUUAACUGUUUCCACCCAGUCUUCACCUGGUGCCAUGAUGCAGCAGGCCCCAUGCUACUCAUUUGCACCUCCAAACACCAGUCUGAACUCGCCCAAUCCAAACUACCAAAAAUACACCUACGGCCAAUCCAGCAUGAGCCCUUUGCCCCAGAUGCCUAUGCAGACCCUGCAGGACAGCAAGCCGGGUUACGGAGGGAUGGGUCAGUAUAACUGUGCCCCGGGACUCUUGAAAGAGCUGCUUACUUCUGACUCUCCUCCUCAUAAUGACAUCAUGACACCAGUUGACCCUGGGGUGGCCCAGUCCAACAGCCGGGUCCUGAGCCAGAAUGUGAUGAUGGGCCCUAACUCGGUCAUGCCUACCUACGGCAACCAGGCACCUCACAACAAAAUGAUGAAUCCCAACCCCCAUUCCCACCCCGGACAUGCUCAGCAGACCUCUGUGGUUAACGGGCGUGCCUUGCCCCACGCUGUGAACACCAUGCCUCACACCUCGGGUAUGAACCGCCUGACCCCAGGGAAGACGCCCUUACAAGUGCCUCUGGCUCACCCCAUGCAGAUGAGCGGCCCCGGGGGCUAUUCCCAGCUCAGCAGCUGCCAUGGCUACGGCAGGGUGGGCCUUCUCCACCAGGAGAGGCUCCCCAGUGACUUGGACGGCAUGCUGGUGGAGCACUUGGACUGCGACAUGGAGGCCAUCAUCCACAACGACCUCAUGGAUGGAGACACUUUGGAUUUUAACUUUGACAAUGUGUUGCCCAACCAAAGCUUCCCACACAGUGUCAAGACGACAACACACAGCUGGGUGUCAGGCUAA